GUUUGCAGUCACCGGAUAGGGCGCGGGUGGGAGAAAGUCCCUCAAUGGCUCAGCCUGUCGAUCCAUUUGCAAAGUGGCGCUUGCUGACAACACCUUCAGAGCAGUUCAAAGACUGCACACCGUCAGGGAGUGAGUUGCGCUUUUCCUUCUUCCUCAAGGAGGUGCUCCGACAUCCACUGAGCUUCGAAGAUUUUAUUGAUUUCCGUCGUAGCAACAGCUUCCUUCGAGAAAAUACCAGCAAGAAGUCUCACGGAUUUGAUGCAGCUGCCUUUCGCACCGACUUCGCAUCCCAGCUUGAGAACCAGGCGAGCAAGAAUGAUUCCGAAAGGAUGCACUGGAGAGCAAAAAAUGAGAUACUGGUACUAGCAGGAGACAGACAUCCCCCUUGCCCCCUUGACUGGUGGACAAAAGUCAUGAGAAAGAAACCAAAGACAACAUGUACACAAAUUGAGAACCUAAUGGGAGUUUAAGACGUCAUGAAGAGGCGAAAACACGGUGCACACGUUCCAAGAAUGGAUAUUGUCACGACGAGUGGAUCAUCCUGUUUAUGCGAAAAUGCGAAGAUGUGCUUGGUGUUGGAUGGGCAAGUCAAAGGACUCAAUAAGGUCUGGGAGAUUUUGUGUAAACACAGGAGGAGACAAUUCCGUUUACCAGAAUCCGAGCGUAGGCUUCCAUACGCGCUCCCGGGUACUGUACUUGGGUCUUACAACGACGCCUUAUGAACACUUAGAAGAAAUGUAUAUAUAUAUAUAAUUUACUUUAUACGAGACUCCAAGGAUAUUCACUACAGUGAUGGUGAUGUCUCAAGAGGCUUGGGCGACACUUUCUCUUGUUGAAGGGAGGCAUGGCAAGAAGCUUCAAAGAUUAGCUUCCUUUGCAAGAUGAAUGCCAAUGCUAUUGAAGGGUAGGUACAACAUGUACAGUCCUACAAUUGGAGUGACUACUGGUACCUAGUGUCUGUGGCAACUACUCCUAAGUACACCUAGCCAGCUACUUGUAACAUCAGGUAACAGGAUUGCAUUUUUUUUAGCUGGCCAUCCGGAAGCCCGCGAGAGCCAGAGGUCGACUGCAACAGCCCUUUGGCAACGAUCGGGGCAGCUUGGUUGGACUAAUCCACACUCUGCAAUUCUUUUGGGGCGCCAAACUCGAUGACAAGUGCAAAUCACCUGGUAGAUUUUUGGUUUAUCGUACGGAUAUGUCAAGUCAAACGUUCGCUUGAAGGAUUUAUUGACAGCCAAGCUUGAAAUUUAGGACAACAAGAAUCGUGCGACUUCCUGCAUCAGAAACAUCCCCGAUACAGCGCUGCUCAGCAAUACGUACUCGUCCGAACAAAGAGUAGCAAUUGCGUGUCCUGAUGUGUCUUGUGUUGUUUAUAUUAAGUGUUCACGCUAUUGGAUGGACCAGUGUUCUGGAAAGAGUGUUUGGUUGCAAGCAAGCUGCCCACAGAGCAGUCUGAAGAAACAUUGAGUGUAGCCUGCCAAGUGUUGUUUGCUGCAGUUGCCCAAAUUGAAACUCACACUUCCGGAUUUUUGUGGUGCCAUGAUGUGCCAUGAGCCAUGAAUAUAGUUUAUGGUUUAUACACAGUCUUGUAGCCGAACUCACAUCCCACUAGAGAUGCUGCCCGCAUGCCAGGAGGAGAUGGCAUGUCGCGCAGCUUGCAGCAUCCGGACUUGUUAUGCCGUUGUGGUAAGCCUGUGAACGAAGAUUUGUAGGCCAUGAGGCCAUGCCCACGGCCUGAGAACCGCAGUACUGUCGCAUUCGAACGAUCUUUUUUGCCUGAUUGUUCUUUGUAAUGUUGGUUAUAUAGUUGGUUGUCAUUUUGAUGGCUACAAAGCUUUGGAAGAUGAUGGAUUAUGAUGGAUUCAGUAGACCAUGAGUUUGGCCACCAUAGCUACAAAGAUGACGUUCUGGAUUCGUUGACGGGGAGCAGGCCAUGGGCGUGAGAAGAUGAUUCAGCAAACACUAGUAGCUUCUUGCUCCUAGUAGCGAUGGCCUCCAACCUACUUGCGAUGGCCUCCACCUAAUAGCGUCCUUGCUACGAGUAUGUUUCUAAUAUAAAUCAUAUCAAGAAAUUUA